AUGGCGACAAACAUCACUCUUGAUUCUAGUCGUGAUCUUCGGCAUACACGAUUGAUUCUUUUAUCGGUGCUUUUCUCAGUUGGUCUCACUGGUUGUUCAAUAGUUAUAUAUUGGUUAAUACGUUAUGCAAGAUGGCACAUGAGAUCAGCACGUAUAUGUUCGCUUAUAUUAAAUUUAGUUAUUGCUAACCUAUCUGUAUAUAUAUUCGCCACUGGUAUUCAAAUAUUUUGGGAAUUUCAAACAAAUCGACAAUGGCCAUUCAAUGAUUUCCUAUGUCGUAUAACGAAAUUUUUUCAAAGCUUUUCUAUUCUUUCUGCUACGUAUAUCGUCGUUCUCAUGGCUAUUGAUCGUUGCAUUGCAAUAGUAACACCGUUAAAGGCCGGUCAAAUUCGUGUACUCUAUCUUUGUGGUAGCGCAUGGUUGUUAGCAGGUCUUCUAUCAACACCGAAUGUGUUCAUAUUUCACUUACGCAUCGAUAGCACCGGUCGUCAUUGUACGGCCGGCUUCAACCAGCACUCGACGCGUACUGGACGUCGGAUCUAUCUGACAUUUAUUUCACUCGUUGUUUAUUUUAUACCGUUUCUUGUUCUCUUUCUUUGCUACACAUUAAUUUUUAUCAAGUUACUAUGGCGUGAACGUGAUCAACAGAGUCGAUUGUUUACUCCAACAUCAUUUUGUUGUUCGUGGUUAUUGGACACGAAAUCGACUUAUUCACCAAAAAUGACGUUAGAAACAACAAAUGCAAGAUCAGGAUCAACACGUUCAUCUUUCACAGAAUUUGAUGCGCGACGAAAACGUGCCAAUACAUCAGGAUCAACACGUUCAUCUUUCACAGAAUUUGAUGCGCGACGAAAACGUGCCAAUACGUACGCAAAAGCUCGCACAAAGACAUUUCGAAUGAUCAUCGUACUCGUUCUAUCCAUGAUUAUUUUCGGUGCGCCGUAUUACUGUUUGGAAUUGUAUGUUGCUUACACUGGACGACAUCCGACUGACCUAGUAACCGCUUUAGCUGGUGGAGCAGCUGUUGCACCUUCAUCACUAGACCCAUGGAUAUUUCUUGUCUUCUGGGCUAAUUGGAAUCAACGAGCUAAUAUUGGUAGUAGCCGUCGAUUGGGCAAUGGAAGUUUACAACAAAAACAGCAGCAGCAACAACAACAACAACAACAACAACCAUGCUUACAAGUGCGACGAACGAUGCGAGCAAAUACAACUGGUACAUCAUCAUCAAGUGAUCGGCGUCAACAUCAACAUGUACUUGUUGUUGGCCAAUCACCUAUGCCACCCUAUACGAUAAGAUGGAAUUCAACUCAUAAGAAACAAUGUCUGUCGUGA